UCCCCCACUUGCUGUGGCGUGCACGGCAUAUGCACUGCAGACGAAAGUACGUAUUCGUACAGCAAGUACACUACUACCUAGGAAGGUAGGCAUGUACGUCAACGCUGUGCCCCGCCUACCGCUCGGAUUGGGCCACCCGUGCGAGCCACGGGUCACGGCCCAAUCCCUUCCCCCCACACUUCGUCCGCGCUCCGCCACAGAACAGCCGGUCGCUUGCCCCCACAGCCUCGUUGAUUCGCCCUUUUGCCGGGACGGGGACGUCGCUUGCGGCUGUGCAACUCCAGAGUCGUCCCCUCUGCAAAAUGGCGUCCGAGGGUCUCUGUCAACUAAAGUCGGAGAAGGGAGAAAGGGGUGAAAAAGAGAAGAAAAAGGCUCGCGUAUUAGGUAGGACUCAUGAGGGCGUUUUUAGGGCUUUUUGUUUUAUUUUCCUUCUCUUGUUGCCCGCGUCUCCCAAAUAUGCUUCCAAAGCGCAUCGGAGACCGGGACGCUGCGUCAGCCGACUUCCUGUUCGCUGGAACCCGGAGUCAGGAAGUGUGUAAGUCUGCCUUGGCGUCCCACAGAAUAUGCCAGCAGCGCCUGCUAUACGCCAACUACCUAGCCUGUAGCAAAUAACUAGAUCUUUCGCAGGGGGAUGAAGCUUG